AUGUUCUUUCUCAAGGAAGAGACCAAGAUUAUUUCUCUGCAUCCGUCCUAUUUCGGACCUAAUAUGCGAGACUACCUGGUCGCUCGACUUAAUGAGGAGGAGGAAGGCCGGUGUACGGGUGACCACUUCGUGAUUUGCGUGAUGGACAUGGUCGACAUUGGCGAGGGACGGGUGAUUCCGUCCAGUGGGAAUGCGGAAUAUACCAUCAAGUACCGUGCAAUUAUCUGGAAGCCGUUCCGGGGAGAGACCGUCGACGCCGUCGUUACCUCUGUGAAGCCAACCGGUAUCUUCACUUUGGCUGGCCCCCUGUCCGUUUUCAUUGCGCGAAAGAACAUUCCCGGUGAUAUCAAAUGGGAGCCGAAUACUGUGCCUCCGCAGUACACCGAUCAUGCAGACCAGGUGAUCGAGAAAGGAACCAGUCUGCGUCUGAAGAUUCUCGGCGUCAAGCCCGAUGUGGCUGCGAUCAACGCCAUUGGCACGAUCAAAGAGGAUUAUCUUGGACCCCUGUAA